CGCAGGCGCACAUUGCACAGGCCCAGGCCUCGGGCCGCCGGUUCAGGGCAGUUGCUCACUCGCCGACCUCGCCUGCACAUGGAGGGGCGUGCGACGCCCCCGACCGAGGCCCGCGCCCUCCCCAAGGCGCCCGUGCUGUUCCGCGGCCCCGUGGAGCCGCUCGUCUUCCUCGCUAACUUUGCUCUCGUCCUGCAGGGCCCGCUCACCACGCAGUACUUGUGGCACCGCUUCAGCACUGACCUGGGGUACAAUGGCACACGCGAUCGGGGGGACUGUGGCAACCACACUGCGAACCCCAUCCAGCAGGAAGUGGAGACCCUCACCUCCCACUGGACCCUCUACAUGAACAUUGGCGGCUUCCUGGUGGAUCUCUUCUCGUCCACUCUGCUGGGCGCCUGGAGUGACUGCGUGGGCCGCCGGCCAGUACUGGUGCUCACCUCGCUGGGCCUGCUGCUCCAGGUCGUAGUAUCUAUCUUUGUGGUACAGCUGGAGCUCCACGUUGGCUUCUUCGUGCUGGGCCGCAUCCUUUGUGGCCUCUUCGGUGACUUCAAUGGCCUCCUGGCUGCUAGCUUUGCCUCUGUGGCAGAUGUCACCACUCCCCGCAACCGCACCAUCCGAAUAGCCAUCCUGGAAGCCUGCAUCGGAGUGGCUGGCAUGCUGGCCAGCCUCCUCGGAGGCCACUGGCUGAGGGCCCAGGGUUAUGCCAACCCCUUCUGGCUGGCCUUGGCCUUGUUGAUAGUCAUGAGUCUGUAUGGAGCAUUCUGCUUUGGUGAGACCGUGAAGGAGCCGAGGUCUACCCGGCUCUUCACUCUCCGCCACCAUCUAUCCAUUGUCCAGCUCUAUGUGAAUCCAGCCCCAGAGAAGUCCAGGAAGCAUAUAGCUUUGUACUCACUGGCCAUCUUCCUGGUGAUCACUGUGCACUUCGGGGCCCAGGAUAUCUUGACCCUCUAUGAGCUGAGCACACCCCUCUGCUGGGACUCCAAGCUGGUUGGCUAUGGUUCUGCAGCCCAGCAGCUCCCCUACCUCACCAGCUUGCUGGGCCUCCGACUUCUGCAGUGUUGCCUGGCCGACACCUGGGUGGCUGAGAUUGGCCUGGCCUUCAACGCCCUGGGGAUGGUUGUCUUUGCGUUUGCUACCAUCACACCGCUCAUGUUCACAGGAUAUGGCCUGCUCUUCCUGUCUUUGGUCAUCACACCCAUCAUCCGGGCCAAGCUCUCCAAGCUGGUGGGCCACUCCGAGCAGGGUGCUCUCUUUUCUGCUGUGGCCUGUGUGAAUAGCUUGGCCAUGCUGACGGCCUCUGGCAUCUUCAAUUCGCUGUACCCAGCCACUCGGAACUUCAUGAAGGGGUUCCCCUUCCUCCUGGGAGCUGGCCUCCUCUUCAUCCCAGCCAUCCUCAUUGGGAUACUGGAAAGGAUUAAUCCUCACCCUGAAUUCCAGCAGUUUCCUCAUCGUCCCUGAUGUGCCUGGGCCUGAGGAGCAGAGUGAGCUCGGCCUGACUGCAAAUCCACCUUGAGAUCCCAGCCUCUGUAGCACCUGCCCCUCCCCUUGAAAGACAGGGACCGUCUGGGACAGAUGUGUUCACCAUCUGAGAGAGGACAGGUCUUGUUGGAGGUGAUACUUCAGGGCCCAGGUGAAGCAUGAGGGCUGGCAUCUCUCCAGCCCACACUGCAAAGUAUGUGACACUAGUCCCCUCAUGACUGGUAAAUCUGCUGUCCCAUAAGUGCUGGCCACAGUGGGGUAGGAGGCUGUGGGAGGACCUGGCAGUCCCUGGAAGGAGAAUGCGCCUGUCACUGUGAUUGGAAAUUGAUCCUGAUUAUGAACUGCCCACCCCUGGGUUUAACACUGCCAGUCAUCACAAUAAAUCAGUUGAGUCAUGCUGAAAAUAA